UCUUGCACCUGCAAACAAAUUAUGAUGGCAAUACAGAAGAAGCAGUAUCAUUUUUUGUUGUUGUUGAUGGACUUAGUGCUUAUCUCACUAUGUUGGUUUCUUAUUUACCAGCCUGUUAAGAUCACAUGCAUUUCCGAGACGCAGUGACACGUACCCUACGGCAUCAAAGCGUAAUGCACGGCGAGGCAAUCUUGCAUCCAAUCUAGAGACUGAGCUCCAGUAGCCUGUGUGUGGUCUCUGGAGGCUGGCUGAGACAUGCCUCCUCCUCGCUCAGCCUCUCGCUGCUCUCCAUCCACCGCGGAGCAUCUCCGGCUCUGAAUCCACUCUGGACACACACCGGCUGUAGCGCGCGAUCUACACGCACACACACACACUUGCACACAUGCACACACACACAGACACACGCACACAUACACACACACGCUUACAAAAUGCAGCGCACAGAGGUCUGGACCGGCCGGAGAAAAUCCUCCUGUGUCUGACUGAGUGCGUUUAUGCGUGAAGGAUGUAGAGCCAGAGGGGGGGGCAGGAUGGAGUGCUCCUGGAAGACGGUGCUGCUGCUGGUGUGUGCGUCUCUUGGGGUCCAAUACACGGCCAUCCGCACCCUGAGGGACUCUCUGUCUGGGCCCUGUCAGGGAACCUACCGCUGCCAGACCAGGCACCACAGAGACUCCAGGUGGAGAGCCUUGUGCGAUGACAGUUGGAUGUCCGUUGAUUUGCCCCGGAAGCACAUCCUUCUGUUUGCCACCACGCGCAGCGGCUCCUCCUUCACCGGGCAGCUCCUCAACCAGCACCCAGGGAUCUUCUACGUGUUUGAACCUCUCUACCACGUCCAGCAGGCCUUCACCAACUCUAGCAGCAGGCUGCGUCGCUCCCUGGAUCGCCGGGCUCUACUGGGAGCAUACAGGGACCUCCUCCUCAAUCUGUACACCUGUGACCUUCACUUCAUGGAGAAUUACAUCCGCCCGGAGCCCCAGGACCACGUCACGAGCUCCUUCUUCCGCCGAAGCUCCAGCCACGCCCUUUGUUCCCCUCCCGUGUGCUUGGAAGGAGGGGACGUGACGCCCUCUGAUCCGCCUGAUGAAGCUUGGUGUCCUAAAAAGUGUGGGGCCCUGAACCUCACCCUAGCCUCUAUGUCUUGUCUGGCAAGGGAACACGUAGCCAUAAAGACUGUGCGAGUCCCUGAGGUGGGGGACCUGCGCACCCUGACAGAAGAUCCACGUCUGGACCUGAAGAUCAUCCACCUGGUGAGAGACCCCAGAGCCAUCCUUGCCUCGCGCAUGAUGGCGUUUUCAGAUCAAUUCCGCGCUUGGAAGAUAUGGAACGCGACGGGACGGCAGCCUCGAUACGUGGACCUGACGCAGAUCACCAGCACCUGCAAGGACAUGGCGGCCUCUGCGGAAACAGGCCUGCAAAGACCGGCGUGGCUGCGGGGACGCUACCUGUUGGUGCGGUACGAGGACCUGGCGUGCAACCCGCAGGACAAGGCCACUGAGAUCUACAGGUUUGUGGGGCUGGAGAUGGAGGACAGGGUGCGGACGUGGAUCGCAAAGAACACCAACAGCGAUGCGUUGUCUCCGUCGGAGUGGAACUACAGGUACUCCACAACCAGAGACUCCAGAGCAACAGCAGAGAGCUGGAGACUUCGUCUGGGCUUUGACAUCGUGAGGACGGUGCAGAAUCUGUGCAACGACACUCUGGCUCUGCUGGGAUACAAGCAGGUUCACUCUGCAGCCGAACUCAGAAACCUGUCUCACAGUUUAGUGGAACACAGGACCUCUCAACCAGUCACAUGGUAGAUUUGAUUAAAACAAAUGCACUGUUAUUUAUUUAUUUAUUUAUUUCAGCUGACUUUCCUCUCUGUCAUGAUGCUGAUAAAAUGAAUGUAAUUUAUCUUAUUUUUUAAUAAUGCCUAAAGUAAUUUAAUAUCACAUUUAUUAAAAGUGCCAAAUAUCAAGUGUGUGUGGCGCUGGAAAAGGUCUAUACUGCUGUAUGUGUUGAUUGAAAACUCUUCUCGAAAACACCGACUUCUGAUGUGAUGAAGUUAUUAGGCUGUUUUUUUUUUCUUCAUGAUUUAAAUUUUCUCAUAAUUCAGUGUUUGAACGAAAGAGAAAAGACACUUGAAAUAGCCCAGGUACCAUUUCAGAGUAAAUCUGACCUUAAGUCAGACAGAAAGUGAUGUUCCUGAAGGUGAGACGCACAGGAAGCGAGGAGGAUUUAUUUGUUAAAAAAAAAAAAAAAAAAUUAUAGGGCUUGCCUUCCAAGUGUCUCUAAUGCAUUUUGAAAAAAGGAUUAAAAUGUCAUGUCGUAGGUAGAAAAUCUUCUGCAGCGCACAGCAGCUCUAAUUUCCAUGUGAAGAUGUUGAGAAUAUGAGAACAUAUUUGUUUUGCUGUAAAUACUGAUUAACUGCUGCAAUGCAAGCGAGCAAACGUUAUGUACUGGAUGUGUUUGAACAUUUUUUUGUCGGUGUAUCUAUACCGUUUGUAUUUUCUAGACUUUUUCAAAUAAAUUAUUCAUAUGUAAGUAAUACAUAUCUACCACACUGCUGAAA